UAUUCCUCUGCCCAGGCAUCAUUGAUGUGAGUUCAUCGUGAUAAACUGGGCACCUUUUGUUUCGGUUUAUAGUCUUUCAUAGUUCUUUUUUUUCUUCUUUUUUUAAGGGGACCGAAACUAUUGGUUCUCACCUUUAUGCAGUUGAGUGUACUUUCCCUUCAACUUGUAUCACACAAAGCUACUACUGCAUCAUUAAACAGACUGAGAGCAAAAUGCUAAAAUUGAACCCAGAAGCACUGACUCUUGAAUGGGUUGACUGCACUUCCCUCACAUUGCUCUGAACUCGGUGGCUACGCCGACGCCGGACCACCUGCCCCCCUGCCCACCUCUGACACCCAGUAGUCAGCUGCCAGCACGCUGAGAAGAUGAUCAACCCUCGGAUAUACCUCCACUACAACUACACGGGCAAGCUGGACAGCCGCUGGCCCAGCCGCACGAGCCCCGACAAUUUGGACGCCAAAACCGUUGUGUUCCUGGUCGUAUGCAGCUUCAUCGUCCUGGAGAACCUCACCGUGCUGGUGGCCAUAUGGAGGAACCACCGGUUCCACAACCGCAUGUACUACUUCAUUGGCAACAUGGCGCUGUGCGACCUGCUGUCUGGAGUUGCGUACCUGGUCAACCUGCUGCUGUCGGGGGAGAAGACAUUGCAGCUCUCACCCGCGCUCUGGUUUGUCAGAGAGGGCAGCAUGUUCGUGGCACUUGGUGCAUCCAUUUUCAGUCUCUUGGCUAUCGCUAUAGAGAGACACCUGACUAUGAUCAAAAUGAGGCCUUACGAUGCCAACAAGAACUACAGAGUGUUCCUGCUCAUAGGGACCUGCUGGCUGAUUGCCAUAUCUCUCGGAGCUCUGCCUAUUCUGGGCUGGAACUGCCUGGACAACCUCCCAGACUGCUCCACAAUCCUCCCUCUCUACACCAAGAAGUAUGUAGCUUUCUGUAUAACAGUUUUCAUGGUCUUGCUCCUAGCCAUGUCCGUCCUUUAUGUCCGAAUCUACAUCCUGGUGAAGUCCAGCAGCCAAAAGGUGAGCAAGCACAGCAACUCGGAGCACGCCAUGUCCCUGCUGCGCACUGUCAUCAUCGUGGUUGGGGUCUUCAUCGCCUGCUGGACGCCCAUCUUUGUCCUUCUCCUGGUGGAUGUGGCAUGCAAGCAACGUUGCCCCAUCCUCUACAAGGCUGACUGGUUCAUUGCAUUGGCCGUGAUCAACUCGGCGAUGAACCCGAUCAUUUACACCCUGGCCAGCCGAGAGAUGAGACGGGCCUUCCUGGGUCUGGUGUGCGGUAUUUGCUAUAGGAGGAAGGCCUCUGUGAAUGGCAGCGGGAACAGACAGUCUCUGGAGCCCAGCCACAGCAGGAGCAAGUCGUGGAGCAGCCAGAACAACCCCAACCAGAACCAGCAGAGUUCCAAGCAGACGGAGCUGGAGAAAGAGAGGGACGAGGCCCACGGCAAGGUCUCGGUGGUGGUGGGAGGGGCCACCCAGGAUGUCCGCGAGAGUGAAAAAUAGAACGAAGGGAGCAAGUAAUCUUCACCAAGAAAGUGAGGGUGGUCCCAAUAUGUGCUCAUGGGCCUGUGCAGUGGACAGAAGUGACGAUGAAGAGGGAUUUGUGUUUUGAUCUAGAAUAAAGGGUUACCUGAUUGACGUGUGGACUUCAAGCCCAGCUGGGGGGCAGCAGUUUCCUCUUUGUGCUUAAUACUAAUGUAUCUGCAUCAUCCAUGAUUUGAAAGAUUGAUCAUGAAGCCAAUAUGUACAAUUUAGCCUCUUUGUCAAGUACAAAUCAUAUUUCACCACUAUUGCAUGAGUCCCAUGUAUCUCCAAACUGCUUGUCAUAUUUGCAGUCAACAAACAGACAAAUCAUGUAUUUGUUUAAAAACUUGCAUUGUCAAAAGGAUGAACGUCUGUUCUGAGCUCAUGAAAAUUUUUGGAGAUACAUGUUUUUUUUUCUUCCUUGCAUGGCAAAGAUGAUUAGCGAAUGAACGCUAAUCUGUGGUUACAGAUGUGACCACCUGAGAUACAUAAGUGAAAGAUCACCUGGAAUUAUUAAAAAAAGAAAAGUGCAAUUAUAAUACUGCAAAAACAAUGUAAUGAAGAAUGAUUGUAGACAUUAUUAGUGUAGUAAUAUACAAUUGAGGUUAUUUAUUAUCAUAUGCAGUCUAUUAUGUAAUUUUGUAUUCACUCAGUAAUAAUACAGAAUUCUGUGCAGUUCCUGUGAUGGAAACUGCUCUGUAAGUAUCAUAUUCGAGAUAUAAACUUGUUUUCCACCAUAUCAGCAGCAUCACUUUCCUGACAGAUCCUCAUCUGUAACCACUGUACAGAACCGAUGUGGUCCGUUCAGCAGCAGCAGCCUUUAGCGAAGGCAGGGCUCCAUCUGCUGGUUUAAAGAUGGCAGCCCUCAGUGCUCACCAGAUAUCUUUCACAAUAUGCUGCAUGUUCAGUAUCGAAUAUCUUCAACCCCACACGUGUAACAAAAUAAGAAUUGUGACUUCGGAAAAAAAAUCGGAUAAAUCCAGAAGUCGAAAAGUUUGGUGUCAACCGUAAAAGAAUGGGGCUGGUUAACUGAUGUCUUGAGAAGCAUGUGGAUGCUGCAUGUGAACUAGAAUUAGUCAGCAAGAGGCGCUUGUUUGUGUGAUGCAAAAAAAAAGACAUGAUAACGUAACAUUUUUAAAAAACAAAACAAAAAAAUAGGAAAAUUCUGUAUAAGGAUGAUUCACAUUGAGAGCUGUUGUGGUUACACCUUUGAUAAAAUAACCUAAAAGGAUGGUUUACCAAAAACUUCAAACACAUAUUUUCCAAUUUUUUUCUUGUGGUGUUUUGCCAUGCAGAUAGUUUUGAUCAGAUGCUCUCUUACUCUAGGGUUAGAGAUAUCCUUAUUUCAGCAGCCACUAAACUACAUUGGAGGGGAAUAGAUUUGUGUUUGCACUGCACACAGCAACAUUUUGAAACCUCAACAGCAACCCUCUCACUCGACAUAAUCCAAAGACUUUACUGUGAACAGUUUUCAUAGGUACAAAAUUAAAAAAAAUCGUUGGUAUUAAAUCGUUUUUUAGUGUAUCCUGUGGAUUAUCCACAAUAACAAGGACCCUGUUUAUGGCUUUCACUACCAAAUUUCUAUUCACCUCUAUGCUGCUGCAAGUGUCUUUUAUUUUAAAUCAUUUCAGUGAAUCAAUUCUUUUAGAAGACACUUCAGAAGCAAUUGUGGUGACUGUGUUUAAAUGCUGCUUCUCCCAGUGUUAUUGAUCAAAUUAAAAGUAGUGGAUUAUCACAGAAAGUUUAUAGCCCAGAGAUUCUACACAUUCACGGU